UGGAAAGCAGUCCAGUGCAGGAAAACAAAUCUGAAAAGGAGCAGCCAGGAAAUCCAAAAUCCACUAAGUUAUCCAAGAAACAUGGGGAGAGCAAAGCUACAGUUCACCCUGAGUGCGUCUGAACCGAACUUCAUCUCCAUCUGACAUGUUUCAACCUGGACCAAAGUGGUGGACCGACCACGGCUAAAGCAGGAGGACCCACGAUCCAUCUGUCUUUGUUCCAAACAUUCAGACACAGAAACUAAACUCAGCCUGCAGUCACCAGAGGAAAGCAAGAAGAAGAUGAGUGAAGAGAAACAUCUGAAGAACACAAACUCAGUCUGCUGUCAACCUGCUGAAACAGGACUGAGGCAACACCUGGGACAGGGAACAGCAAGAUGCUGAGUUCAGCGCCUCAAUCAUGGACAAUGUGACACCUGGCAGUCCUCCAGGUGAGACGCACCUGAGGGACUACAAUUACCUGGCCCUGGUCCUCGGUGUCCCCCUAAUCCUGGUCAUCAUCCUAGGGAAUAUCCUGGUGUGUCUGAGCGUGCUCACUGAGCGCUCCCUGAAAACUGCCACCAACUACUUCAUCAUCAGUCUGGCGGUGGCCGACCUGCUGCUGGCGGUGCUGGUGCUCCCGCUAUACGUCUACUCUGAGUUUCUGGGAGGUAUCUGGACGUUGAGCACCUACAUCUGUGAUGCUCUUAUGACCAUGGAUGUGAUGCUGUGCACCGCCUCCAUCCUCAACUUGUGUGCCAUCAGCGUGGACAGGUACAUUGCAGUGGUGGUCCCUCUGAAGUACAACAGGAACCAGUUCAGCGUCCGACAGCUGGCUCUCAUCACUGCUACCUGGGUGCUAUCUCUGGGCGUGGCGAGUCCGGUUAUCUUCGGUCUCAACCAGGUGCCGGGUCGCAACCCGAAUGUGUGCAAACUGGAGGACGACCGGUUUGUGGUGUACUCGUCCAUCUGCUCCUUCUUUGUGCCUUGUCCCAUCAUGCUCUUCUUGUAUUACUGGAUGUUCCGAGGCCUGCGGCGGUGGAGCGGUCGGAGUCGAUCUCAGGUGGGUCGGGCCAGUCGUCAAGCUCUCUCUUCACGUCUCGGCUUGGCCUUACGGCGAGCUAAAGCCACAACGACCGGGAAUCGAGAGAAAGCUGUGUACACCACGCCAGCCAGCCUCAGCCCCACCUCUCCAUGCACUAUCUCCAUGACCACACCCUCUGCGACCCCGGUGAUGGAGGAGCAUCAGGACGGGGCGACGGUCUUGGCAGAGAGCGAUCCGAUGACGACACAGAUUGACAGCAUGUCAGACGGCGAGCCCACAGAAAGGAGGGAGGGAGGCAGCAAGAGAGAGAACGGCCUGAGGAAGACAAAUGCUGCCAAGAGAGGAAGAAGAAACAGCAAGAGCAGCAGAGUCAGCGGGAGGGAGCGGAAAGCCAUGAAGGUCCUGCCCGUCGUUGUCGGUGUGUUUCUGGCCUGUUGGACACCGUUCUUUGUUGUCCACAUCACCAAGGUGCUGUGUCAGUCAUGUGACAUCGGCCCCACUCUCAUCUCUGUGGUAACGUGGCUCGGCUACGUCAACAGUGCCGUCAACCCGAUAAUUUACACCGCCUUCAAUGCUGAGUUCAGAAACGUCUUUCACAAGCUGCUCUGCUGUCGGACGUGAAACGUCUUCAGACAUCCUCAGGCCAUCCAGGAUUUUAUUAUCUACAGAGCCGAAUGUUCUUUAAAACAAACCAAACCUUAAAAGAUGCAUCCUGCGAACUGUCCGUCACCAACGGGAAGAAGGUUUCUGACCAAAGCCUUAGUUUAGACCCCUGCUUGACUGAAACACUAUUUUGAAGGUUUUCUUUGUGUGUCAGUCUCUUAUUUUGAAGGUUGUGUUCAUGUGUCAGUCUCUUAUUUUGAAGGUUGUGUUCACGUGUCCAAGUGGUAGUCAGAUUUCAGCCCAGAGGCAUAAAAUGUGUGAACAGAAUUAGAAAAGUUGUUUGCUAUAGGAGUUCUUUCACGUUGAUGUUCUUUAAAGAUUUUACUGAACAGUGGCGCCUUAUUUUUAUUUGCUUUUACAGAAAAGUUUUUAUGUAUAUUGUUGUGACUGAAGCAGUGAGCGUGAAGAUGACUGACCUAUAUAUGGAAAAAGUAAAAACUGAACAGAGUCUGUGCUGCAAACAGAAACAUUGUGGUGAAGUCUGUAGUAUUUAUCUGUGAAGUGAACAUGAUGAAACGUAGA